UUGGUACCCAUGUUGAUUUCUCUCACAAGAAAAUCCACCGAGUCUGUCGUGCAAGAAAACAAAGAAACUGCAGCGUUGUCAUAAAUUGUCGGAUGUAGAUACAAAUAGCGAGUCAAAUUUUACGUCGGACAUCGAAAAGAUCGUGUGUCGAAGCGAUCGUAUGUCGAGGUACCACUGUACAACAUAACACAACUUAUAGACAAACUUCACUGUUUGUGGUUAUUUUUAGUGACAAUUUCAGGUAUUAAAAAAAAAAAAAAACGGAACUACAGUUGGUAUACAGUUGUGCCAUAUAUGACCCAGUGGGUGAUGUCCAUAUGUAAAUGGCAGGUCCAGAUUAUAGUUAUGGCAUUUCUUUUUCUUAUGUGUGUAUACAUAUGAUUAAAUAACAUUAUAAAUAAAUAAAAUUUCAAUAUUACAAAAUUAAAAUAAUUUCUUUAAAAAAGUACUCUCUGGUUAUAUGCCCUCAUAGCACUCAGCUGAUUUUUUAUUAUUACCGUAAUUUUCGGACUAUAAGGCACACUGGACUAUAAGAUACCACCCAUCAAAUUUGACCCAAAAAUGGCAUUUGUUCAUAGAUAAGCCGCACUGGACUAUAAGAUGCAGCUGUCCUCACUGUUGUAUGGGAUAUUUACACCAAAAUAUAUUAAGUGGUAACACUUUAUUUGACAGUGGCAUCAUAAGCCUGUCAUAAGACCAAAUGAAACACCAUGAAGCUUUGCAGCCAAAUGGUUCAAAGCUUCAUUGUUUCAAGAAGCUUCAUUUUGCCAUCACUGCUCCCUUGAGGGAGUCAGUCAACCUCUGCUGCCACCUGUCAACACUGUUGUUGUCCAACAUGCCUCCUAGCAUGCAUUGCAGCAUGUAAAUAAUCAAAAUUCAUGUUCUGUGCUAAUUAUUUCUUCAGUUACUGUUCCAAUUGUUUCAUUAAUUGCUAGUUAUGGUAUUUGGCAACACUUUGACAGUGACACCAAAAGAAUGUCGUAAGACCAUCAUGAUUAUGAAAUGACACUGCCAUGAGCAUGAACGAAUGCUUAUGACAGAUGGCAUUGUGUGUCAUCUGGCAAAUUAUCUCAAAUUUGAAUGGAUGUAAAAGAUCGGAGCUGGACAUCAAUGGAUUUCGUGACAUAAUUUGCCAGAUGACCUUAAAAGACAUGUCAUAAGCAUUCAUUAAUGCCCAUCACAGUGUCAUGUCAUAAUUAUGACGGUCUUAUGGCAGUCUUAUGACGCCGUUGUCAAUAACCCAAAUAAAUCAACAAAUAAGACGCACUGGACUAUAAGCCGCAGGAUUCAAAAUGAGGGGGGAAAGUAGCGGCUUAUAGUCCAAAAAUUACGGUAUUUAAUUUCAUAAUAUUUAACUCACUGCCUAAUAUGACAACAAUAGAUGUCCAAUUCAUUCAGACUGAGCGAGGACUGUCUGUGAAUGCUCAUCUUUCAGUGCAAUUGACUGCACUUAACCACUCUCAGUCAUCAAAUUGGAUUGGACGUCUAACUCUGUCUGCGGCAGCUGGUCAGUGCCCUAUGAAGGGUUAAACAAUUUAAUGUUAUUGUAAUAAUUUUUUUCAAUAUUUAUUAUAUAGUUUCAACUGGCUCCCACUAUCCGCUAUGUUAUAAUUAUGUACAGCAAGGGUGUCCAAACUUUUUGCAAAGGGGGCCAGAUUUGGUGUGGUAAAAAUGUGCAUGGCGACCAUGGCCUUUACGUAGAACAAUAUACUGAAUUUAAGCAAAUUUUAGCAAGCCAUUCUGUGUGUCUCAUUUGCUUUAUUAUUAUUAUUAUUAUUUUUUAAAUUAAUUUAGGGCUGUCAAAAUUAUUGCGUUAACGGAUGGUAAUUAAUUGCUUUAAUUAACCACGUUAAAAUAUUUGAAGCAAUUAACGCACAUGGCAAAUGACAGCACAGUGUCAUGUCCACUUGUUACCUGUGUUUUUUGGUGUUUUGUCGCCCUCUGCUGGCACUUGGGUGCGACUGAUUUUAUGGGUUUCAGCACCAUAAGCAUUGUGUAAUUAUUGACAUCAACAACGGCGAGCUACUAGUUAUAUUUUGAUUGAAAAUUUUACAAAUUUUCUUAAAACGAAAACAUUAAGAGGGGUUUUAUUAUAAAAUGUCUAUAACUUGUACUAACAUUUAUCUUUUAAGAACUACAAGUCUUUCUAUCCAUGGAUCGCUUUAACAGAAUGUUAAUGCCAUCUUGUUGAUUUAUUGUUAUAAUAAACAAAUACAGUACUUAUGUACAGUAUGUUGAAUGUAUAUAUUCGUCUUGUGUCUUAUCUUUGCAUUCCAACAAUAAUUUACAGAAAAAUAUGGCAUAUUUUAUAGAUGGUUUGAAUUGCGAUUAAUUACGAUUAAUUAUUUUUUUAGCUGUGAUUAACUCGAUUAAAAAUUUUAAUCGUUUGACAGCCCUAAAUUAAUUAUUUCAACAAUCUCGCAACUAGCCUUUGUGGCGUUCUCUUUUGACUCUCGGGCUCUUGCGAAAUACUGCUGCUGUAAAAUUAAACUAGCUUCAAGUUGUUUCAAUUUCUCGCUACAUAUCUUCCCUGUAAUCUUGUCGUACAUGUCAGCGUGUCUUGUUUGUUAACAUCGCCUCACAUUGAACUCUUUAAAAACAACGACUGUCUCUUUGCAAAUGACGCAGACACAGUUGUUGCAUAUUUUAGAGAAGAAAUACAGUAGUCCAAUUUCCACCUAUCCUUGAAGCGUCGGCCGUCACAGUCAACUUUCUUUUUUUUUUUGUUGAUUGUCGCCAUUUUAGAAAUGGGGAAUAAAGGGUAAUGCGGGGUAAUGUUGCUUAGAGUGCUGCUGCCUUUUAGUGGGUAAAUGAGGAGCAGCAUUUAGUGUGUAAGCUACUUCAUAUGCUGGUAGCAGUACUGCUGACCAAUUAAUUUAUUAAGUUUGUGUGCGGGCCAGACGUUAUUGAUAUAUGACAGAGGCUGGGGGCCGGAUGAAAUUUGACCACGGGCCGCAUUUGGCCCACGGGCCGGACUUUGGUCUGAUGUACAGUGUUGCAUUCGAAAGCCCAAGUAGUUUAGAAGCUAUUUUUAUUUGACUGAUGUGUGAACUACACAAAAAUUCCUAUACUGAUUAGGGAGUGGGGAAUGACGAAUAAUUCCGAAAACAGGAAUCAUUCAUCAGUCCCUUAUCACUAUAUUGGGACAUUUAUAGAGUGCACUUUUUAGUAAACUAUACUGUAUAGUGGUUUGGGAUUAUGGACAGAGUGAACUAUUCCAAAACUAGCCGUGUCUCCCUCUGCCUUCAGGGAAGGAAUCUCUGCAGUAACUGUUGCCUCUAUGGACUGCAGUGGAGCGCCACGAAACGAGAUGCUAAAUGAAUCGUGGCAGCAAAACAGGCGUGAUUCACUGGCAAAUUUUGGGAAUGGGCUUUAAUUAUUUCACCAUGUGAGGCCGUUACAUAUAAUGUAGGUCAAGGAAAGGACUGAGGUUUUCCACAGGGCCGUCCCAGAACUCGUAUGGUCGUCCGCUCUCCUGUGGAUAUGCUUCAUACUUAGUUCGUGGGCGUGUGCGCGCUUGACCAGCAAGACGUGGUAGACGAGCUUUGGCUGUUGUCGUUCUGGCAGCUUGGCCUGGUGAGUUCUGUGUGCGUGGAGGUUUUCACUCCAGCCGGAUGUACGAUGAGAACGGGCUCCCGUGUUUCGGAACUGCUCUAAUGAGGCCAGUCAGUCAGCCUUUCAUUCAGUCAGAAAUAGGACUGCGGUCGGCUCGGCUUUUGUCCCUCAAUCUGCAAUUGACUGUUCCUUGGGAGCUUUUAAAGUUGGACAAGCGUCCCACAGCAGCAGAAGGCAUGAAGCAACACUGUGGCUGAUCCAUGACACUAAACUCCACUCGCCCUCUGCUCUCAUCAAACCGGACAAUCAAUCACUUUCACUUUCCCAUCCCCACGAAGCUACACAAUGGCCAGCAAGAGGAAAUCCACCGUGCCCUGCAUGAUACCAUCCAAAUCCAAACAUGUGCGCGAGGAAAUUAUCCUGGGCUCGCUGCCAGAACUCCUACCGACAAUCCCGGAAGACGGCAUACUCAGCAUCUCUGGAGAAGAGUCUGGCCAUGUCUCUCAUAGCUCAUCCAAAUCUGAAUGUGGCAGCGAGGUACAGAAAGGAGGUACAUACAGUUGUCCGCCGUGCUCUUUUGAGUCCAGAGAUUUAAACUACUUUUUAGAUCACAUGCACAACUGCCACUUAGACUUCAGGGCCCAGCCCACUUUCUACUGCCUGAACUGUGGGAUCUCCGUUGUUCGCUUUGAGGCUCUGGCCCUGCAUAAUGCCAAGACUCAUCCUAAGAUCAUGGAGGGCUUAAUGACCGCCUCUCUGAGUGUCAACAACAGAGAUGGAAUCACAACAGUGGAGCAAAGCCUCUUCACGGACAAUGGAGACCACUACCGAGAAUCUGGAAUCUCCCUUAGCAAAACCCCCAUUGCAAAGAUGAUCAGAGCCAAGGGAGAGCACAAAAAGAUUGUAGUAUCGCAUACCGUGGAAGUAUUGAAGAAAGCUAGUGGGAAAGAUGUCGACCCCAGCAUGCUGACAAAUGUGCCUGAACUCCAAAACGGGGCUCUCAGUGUUUCUGGCGCCCAAGCUAUGCCGAGGACAGCUGUAAGUCACGUGAUCGCGACAACAGUGUCCAACCAAGUCUUUCACCAGCACACUCCCUCCCUGUACUCCCCCCCUUCCUCCGAUUCCAAUAAAGACCUUCCAAAGGUAAUGAUCCCUCUUAGCAGCAUCCCCACCUACGAUGCCGCUAUGGACACCAGCAGCUUUCUUAAGACAUCCUUUGGCAAGUUCCCCUACCCGACCAAAGCGGAGCUCUGCUACCUGACAGUGGUGUCAGAGUUCCCCGAAGAGCAGAUCAAACUGUGGUUUACUGCCCAAAGACUCAAGCAGGGCAUAAGCUGGUCUCCGGAGGAAAUCGAAGAGGCCAGGAGGAAGAUGUUCAACACAGUGUUCCAGGGCGGCGCGCCCCAAAAGCAACCCGCGACGCAGCGUCAUGUCAAUCACAUUGUUACUCACCACACCGUAACAGCCCCUUCAGGUUCAAAAGGACCAAACUUUCCCAUGGCUGAAGUCCCCUACGGCGGUGGAAGAACCAGACCUGUGGGAGUAAUGGCCAAGCAGGCCAGCAUGUCGUCUAAUCCCCACGUGACGAGGGUCUCGUAUUCGACUCCGCUGCUUUCUCAGAAGGUUCCGUCUUUAGUCAGAACAACACAGACGCUGACCAAGAACAUUCAACCAGCUGCAGAGCCAGAGAAGAGCAGCAACGGCCUCGGCGCGGACGCGGCAGCUGGAUGCAGCCGCAGCAGCAGUAGCAGCAGUACCUGCAGCAGUAGCAGCAGCAUCACCAGUGUCACCGGAUAUUCCAGCAGCAGUAUCAGUGGUGAGGCCGUCGCCCGCAAAACCGUGAACAACAGCAGCCCGACUAACGGCAUCCACAACUUCGCUGCCUGCGCCACAAAUAUUAGCAAUAACGAUUUGCACUACGUCAAUCCCCCCAAUGAAAAGAUGCGCAACAGUUUACUGACAGGAUCGGAAGGUUUAAACAGUCACGGCGCCCUAGAAAACACCAGCAACAUCAAUCAUAACAAUCAUAACAGCGUCGUAAUCAGUCCUCAAGAGCACGCCGACACCUUGAGGAAGGACAAGCAACGCAGCAUUCAGAGCACCAACAGCAGUAUUACCGAUGAACACGCUGCCUCGAAAGACAAUGUUCCCCACCUGAACCACGCCAGCACUUCCCCCACUGAAAGCACCACCAGCACCACCGUCAUUACAAAAAGUAGUUCAUCUGUGAUGGAUGAGGGCAAACGCAACAAGGAGUUGAGCAUAAAAGGCAUGUCAAUCUUGCAGCAACUCAUCAAGGAGGACGACCUUUUUACUGGAGACAGAAGUUCAGAACAGAAAAUGGAACCCAUCAAGAUCAACUUCAAAAGGCUGAAAAUGAACGAAAGCGAGAGCAUAUCAGAGAUGGCGCGUCAAGAACACAAAGCGGAGAUAGGCGAAGGAUCCUUCUCACUUCCCUGGGCCGCCAACAAGAACGCCCGGCAGCUGCGCAUCCUUCGCCAGGCGUUCUCCAGCGCACGCUGGCCCAACAGUCAGCAAUACGAAGAGUUAAGCAGACAGACUGGCCUCCCCAAGUCUGAGGUGGUACGCUGGUUCAGCGACAGCCGCCAUAGCCACAAGAAUGGACAACUCAAGUGGCUGGAGACCUACCUGCGACCAGCUCUGGAUGCAGAGGAAGCGGGCGGUAGAUUAGACGCCGAAGCCAAAUCGCAGCAGGACCAGUCGGUUGCCGCAGUGAAACAUUCGGAGCAAGACGUGAACAAAGCCCUGGAAGAAGAAGGAAAAAGAAACACUGACCAACCGCUUCAAUGGCAGGAUUUAACCUCACCACUGCGAGGUCUGGUGGCGACUGAGGGAAGUGGCGAGCUCAUCAAUGCUGAGACCUCCACGAAGCCGGGAGUCUUGAAGGACGCCUGGCCGGAAAGAGACCAUCAGCAGCUAACUGCUAGCCAGCCACUUAUUGAACAACCCAACGAUGCCAAUCAGACCAGGGAUCGCCUGAGGAUGGAGCUGCUGGAGGUGUGAUGAAGUCGCGUACGAGGUCGGUUCGCUCCCUGGCCCGGCUCAGAAAAAAAAAAAAAAGAGUGUUUGUCAUGACAGCAAAUGUGAUUGUAGCUGGACCGUAAGACUCUGACUGUAACUGUGAAUACCCCCCCACCCCGUCCUCUUCUUCCUCCUCCAUCUGCCAUCACUUCCUCCCAUGUCAGAAGAAAGAACUUCUCACCUUCUUGAGUCCUGUGAUGUUUCAGCCUUUCAUGCUUCUUUGUGGUCGUGUGGGGAGGGUGCACAAUGAGGUCAGUUUGAGGGAUCAAAGAAACGAAAGAGAAGACGCACACUGACUGGAAAACUGACUUGAAUGAACAACAACAACAACAAAAAUCAGAUGGGAUGAGGCCGAGAGGUAAUGUUUCGGGGUCAGCGUGAGAAAUCUAUAUACAGUAUAUGAAUGAAACUGCACUAUGAAACGAGGGUUGUACUGACUGAAUGGACAAAAGACGUGUCAAAGAAAUGUUAUUGUUGGCUUUGUGAUAUUUUUUACUUUUUUAGCAACCAGUACUUCAGCACUGCCUUGAAUUCUACUUGUUUUUGCUUUUCUUCCCCCGAUUCUAUUUACUUUUCUAUAGUCACUGUAAGUCCAGAUGCAAUCAAACAUGUUUUAUUUAGACCUGUAUCAAUGUUGGUGAUCACUUUGUGGUUCGGCUACACGCAAGAGACUAUAUUCAAUGCACUAAUGAAGACAGCAAUGCUCAAAAUCCCACUGCCCCACUGCAAAGGUAUUGACAGCUUUGCCCAGAUCAAUAACCUACAAUGCCCUGCAAGCUGAACAGAGACAAGCCUGUCACGCUAACGUUGCCUUACUCAGCUCUGUCCAUGUGUUGGUAUGACCUGUUUGUCCAUCAGCUCGCUUUCCAGCUAUUGCGCUUUCUGUGAAGUUCAAGAAGAAAUCAAAAAAGAAAGAAAAAUACAGGUUUAAAAAAAAAUUAAAAAGCUAAAGAAAAAAAAUACGCCAGUGCAUCAAGGAUCGAUGUUGGUCUGUAUCUGUGAAAAAUCGUGUGCUGCUUUCUGUACACUUUGGAGAUGUUUUCAUAUGAGCUGUAACUGUAAUAUUGUAUCAAAUCUUGUGACUGGCCAAUUGUUGUUGAAAGCUAAAUUACCAAUCAGACCCUUUUGACCAAGGGCGUAGGUUUGGUCUUAAUAUUAGUAGGGACUAUAACCUGCAUGUACACUUUUUGCUGGGGAUGGACAUUAAUAAGACCAAACAUAUUUGGUGAAUGGGGGACAGGGCUACAUUUCUCACCAAUAUGAAGCUAAUUAAUUAAUAGGCUAAAUGAUUAAUGUAAAAUAAAUCUGCUGACCUAUACUAACUUUCACACUGCAAAUUUAUAACGUCUUAAUCUGAUAUAUAUUUUUUUUCAAUCAAGUCAAAUAAUUUUCUCCAUUUUUUUUAGAGUGUUAAAGGAUAGUUAACAGAUUAAUGCAUCAGAUUCUUCCACUUACUUUAAGUAAAUAUAACUAUUUGGUCGUAUUGAGCCACACAUCUAAAAGUUGGUCAUCUUUCACCUAAAUCAAGAAAGAAAAAAAAACAUUCAAAUAAUGUUUUGAACAAUAUUCUUGAAUUAAGAACACUUCUGACAAACAAGUUUUUUUUUUAAGAUUAAAUAUACAAACCUUUUCGCUUGAAAUAAGUCAGUUAAGCUUAUUUUCAGCCUGCUGUUUUUCUUAUUUCAAGAAAUCUCAGUAAAAUCGACAUGAAGCAUUGUAGCAGUAGCAAAAUUAGUGGAGUGUUCCCCACCUCCACAACAUUGACGUCUUUUUACAUUACUUACAGUGGCUGUUGCUGGCGGAAAAAAACAUUUUGAGUGUUAAAGGCUAGUUAACAGAUUAAUGCAUCACAUUCUUUCACUUCAAGUAAAUUUUACUAUUUGCUCGUAUUGAGCCCAUACAACUAAAAGUUGGUCAUCUUUCACCUAAAUCAAGAAAAAAAAAAUCAUUCAAAUAAUGUUUUCAACAAUAUUCUUGAAUUAAGAACAUUUCUGACAAACAAGUUUUUCUUCUAAGAUUAAAUAUAUGAACCUUUUUGCUUAAAAAGGUCUGUUAAGCUUAUUUUCAGCUUGCUGUUUUUCUUAUUUCAAGAAAUCUCUGAGUAAAUUCGACUUGAAGCACUGUAGCAGUAGCAAAAUUAGUGGAGUGUUCCCCACCUCCAUAACAUUGAUGUCUUUUUACAUUACGUACAGUGGCUGCUGCUAGCGGGAAAAAAAACUUUUUGAGUGUUAAAGGCUAGUUAACAGAUUAAUGCAUCAGAUUCUUCCACUUACUUUAAGUAAAUAACUAUUUGUUCGUAUUGAGUCCAUUCAUCUAACAGUUAGUCAUCUUUCACCUAAAUCAAGAAAAAAAAUCAUUCAAAUAAUGUUUUGAACUAUAUUCUUGAAUUAAGAACAUUUCUGACCAACAAGUUUUCUUUUAAGAUUAAAUAUACAAACCUUUUUGCUAAAAAUAAGUCUGUUAAGAUAGUUUCAGUUUCUUAUUUCAAGAAAUCUCAGUGAGUAAAAUCUUCUUGAAGCACUGCAGCAGUAGCAAAAUUAGUGGAGUGUUCCCCACCUCCAGAACAUUGACGUCUUUUUACAUUACUUACAGUGGCUGCUGCUGGCGGAAAAAAAACUUUUUGAGUGUUAAAGCCUAGUUAGCAGAUUAAUGCGUCAGAUUCUUCCACGUACUUCAAGUAAAUAGUACUAUUUGUUUGUAUUGAGCCCAUACAGCUAAAAGUUGGUCAUCUUUCACCUAAAUCAGGGGUCUCCAAACCGGUCCUCGAGGGCCGCUGUGGGUCCUGGUUUUUGUUCAUACCGAUCAAGCACAGACCUUUUAACCAAUGUGGUUUCUACUAAAGCAAGCAGCACCUGACUGCAAUCAACGGAUUACACUUAUAAAACACCAGAUUGGUGAAAAGUUGUGGUCUUGUUUUGUUGGAGUGCAAACCUGCACCCACUGCGGCCCUAUGUGGAAUAGUUUGGAGACCACUGACCUAAAUCAAGAAAAAAAAAAAAUCAUUCAUAUAAUGUUUUCAACAAUAUUCUUGAAUUAAGAACAUUUCUGACAAAAAAGUUAUUCUUUUAAGAUUAAAUAUACAAACAUUUUUGCUUAAAAUAAGACUGUUAAGUUUCAGCUUGCUGUUUUUCUUAUUUCGAGAAAUCUGAGUAAAUUCGACUUGAAGCACUGUAGCAGUAGCAAAAUUAGUGGAGUGUUCCCCACCUCCACAACAUUGACGUCUUUUUACAUUAUUUACAGUGGCUGCUGCUCACGGGAAAAAAACUAGCCUUUAACACUCAAAAAGUUAACAGAUUAAUGCGUCAGAUUCUUCUAUUACUUCAAGUAAAUAUUACUAUUUGUUCGUAUUGAGCCCAUACAGCUAAAAGUUGGUCAUCUUUCACCUAAAUAAAAAAAAAAAAAAAAAAAAAAA